GAGACAACACACGUAGCCUGAGACACCAAAAUGAGUCAAGGGUGACGUGGCUACUUGCCUGAGUCCAUAUACGCUGCCGAACCAGUCGAUUCCCACAGUCCGUGUCAAGUCAUGGGAAUAUGCGACCUCCCGAUGAACAAACGGCGCUGUCGAUCGAGUCGGAUGACACGGAUAGGGGGGCGUUGUGGUGUUUGUAGCAGACGUAAUCACCUUCUGCAAUGUGAGCAGUCGUUUGUAUGAGGCGUGAGGUAACAAUUUCUUCGGAGGCACGACAAUCCACGAAGCUCCCAGCAGGAGCAGUUAUUUUAGAGACAGGUCGACCUCACGGAUCCCCAUGACUCUGAUGCUGCCAGAUGCCCUUUCCGUAAGACGCUAUCUUUCUGCUUCCGCAAUCCCCCAAGCUAGCCCGAGCUAUACCUCCUUUAAGAUAAUACACACGCACCAUGAAGUAUGAGCCAUGGGAAGUGCCCCAGCUCCACCAGCAAGCCACCGGGGCCUGGGCCAAGGAGCUCGACGAAGCCAUCGACAGCAUCGCCGACACUCUCGUCUCGAACCGAAUCAUAUUCCGACUCGGCUACGGCUUCACCUCACUUGAGCUGUGGAUCGAAUGCGGGCGGGAUCGGUUCCUGAAGGCUUUGGAGGAUUCAGACAGACUCCGCACCCCCCGCAUCCUCCCCCAACGGCCCGCCGAACUCGAGCUCUUUUUCAUCACCGCGCCCGACUCACGGCCCCGCCCCCGGCAACAGCAGCUGGUCCUGGUCAAAUGCCACUGUGAGGGGCAGCAGCACGAGCCGCCCACGCCGUUCCAGGCCGAGGUCGUGGCGGGCGUCGCCUGCUACCACUUCUACUUCGUGCGGUGCGUCCGGUACGGGGUCCACCACCCGUGGUUCAACCUGCUGUAUGAGCGGGUGGUCCGGUACAUCCUGGCCCGGCCGGACGAGGUGCGGGCCAUCAAUGGGCGGCUGUCGUACUAUGGACGGCAGGUGUUUGUCCACGCGUGGCGGCAGGAGAAUCCGGGGGAGACUGAAUUCAUGGAGAGGGUUUUGGGGGUGUGGGCUUAG